CGACUCCAAAGUGCAUGUCAUUUCCCCGCGUGAUGAUUGAAGAGAAUAGACUUUUUUUUCUUCUUUUUCUCAUCUGCCAAGCGCAAAGAUUUGGGGUCAGACGGACAAAAGAUAUUUUGACACAGAUUCACUCAAAAUGGCGGCCAACUUCUUUUCUCUCAAAGACCACACUGCCCUGAUUACAGGAGGCACCCGGGGUAUCGGAGCUGCUGUAGCCAUUGGUCUGGCCGAGGCCGGUGCCGAUGUGCUACUUGUUCAGAGAGACGAGUCCUCCACCACAACCCGGGACGCCAUCCUCGCCCUGGGCCGCAAGUCCCAAAUCUACGUGGCGGACCUCUCGUCCCCCGAGAGCGUGGCGGCGCUGACGCCCAAGGUGCUCGCCGACGGGCACCAGGUCCGCAUCCUGGUAAACUGCGGCGGGAUCCAGCGCCGGCACAAGUGCGAGGUGUUCCCCGACUCGGACUUCAACGAGGUGAUGCAGGUGAACCUCGGGGCGGUGUUUACGCUGACGCGCGACGUGGGCGCGCACAUGCUCUCGCUGGAGCCGCACCCCGUCACGGGCCGCAGGGGCUCCGUCGUCAACUAUGCCAGCCUGCUCUCGUUCCAGGGCGGGCUGACGGUGCCGGCCUACGCGGCGAGCAAGGGCGCCGUCGCGCAGCUGACCAAGUCGUUUGCCAACGAGUGGACCAGCCGCGGCGUCACCGUCAACGCCAUCGCGCCGGGGUACAUCGCCACGGACAUGAACGAGGCCCUGCUCAAGGACGAGGAGAGGCUGGCGAGCAUCUCGGCCAGGAUCCCCGCGGGCAGGUGGGGCGACCCCGAGGAUUUCAAGGGCACCACCGUCUACCUGGCCAGCAAGGCGAGCGGCUAUGUCAGCGGGCAUGUGCUUGUUGUUGAUGGUGGCUGGAUGGGCAGGUAGAAAGGAGUGAGCCUCGAUAAGAUGCCAAAAGGACGACCUAUGUUUUUGGGGGUCAUUUUACCCAUUUUUUCUUGAGCUAUCGUUCCACAUGCGGUCAACUAGCUCCCCACGUGGUGUACGCCGGCCAUCAAGCCUCUUUUUUUUACUGAUCAUGCAGCCUUCUGAGGCUGUCCAAUUAGAUCUGUCAAAUAAACUUCAGCUCAUCAGCGGUAUAUGUUGGCGAUUAUUGGGGGUCCGGAAGGAUUUGUAACAUUUUGUUUCGAAACAUAUCUAGGUAAUAACACAAGGCACCGGUGUGACAACUAGGCAGCAACAAAGUCCAUCCGGGCAGAGGGGACGCAAGGCAAUGGCGCGAUGCACACAGAUGGGACCUGCCACUAAAUUAGGUUGAUUAAAAUGAGAAGGCUCGUUCUUGACAGUUUUUACCAAAGUAGCCAACGUCCGAAAGCAUUAGACUGAUU